AUGGUGAUGGAUGGCAGGGUGAUGGGGCGUCGCUUUGUGCUAACUCUGGUGAUUGGGAUAUCCGCGGGUUUUAGUUUCGCGUAUAUUCUGCUAACCUCGGCCGGAUUCACGCGGGAUGUAGCUUGGUCCUACAGGGACUCCGCUAGAGAUUUGGAAAGGCAUCCCAUACCAAAUGUAAUCGAUCAUGGCAGUGAAGAGCCGGCACAUAGAGAUGAAGACAGAUCGGUCGCUGAUGAACUGGCCAAACGCGUCAGAGUACUUUGUUGGGUGAUGACCCAGCCUAAUAAUCACAAGAAAAAAGCAAUACAUGUAAAAGCGACGUGGGGAAAGCGAUGCAAUAAACUGCUGUUCAUGAGCACUUCUAACGAUACUUCAUUACCAUCUAUAAAGCUGCCAGUAUCUGAAGGUAGGGACUAUCUCUGGGCGAAGACCAAAGCGGCGUUUCGAUAUGUGUACGAGCAUCAUAGAAGAGACGCGGAUUGGUUCUUGAAAGCUGAUGAUGAUACGUACGUAAUAGUAGAGAAUCUGAGGUACAUGCUCUCUGAGCACGAUAGCAAUGAUCCCAUUUACUUCGGAUGUCGCUUUAAACCAUUCACUUCUCAGGGGUACAUGAGCGGCGGCGCGGGGUACGUGCUGUCGCGCGCCGCGCUCGACCGCUUCGUGUCGCGCGGCCUGCCCGCGCCGCACCUGUGCAAGGCCAGCGACCACGGCGCGGAGGACGCCGAGAUGGGCAUAUGUCUCCAACACAUUGGCGUCAAAGCAAUGGAUUCGAGGGACUCCCUCCAUCGCGGCCGGUUUUUCCCCUUUGUGCCCAAGGACCAUCUGUUCCCAAACAAGGACAAAGGUUUCUGGUACUGGCAGUACAUUUACUAUCCCACUGAUGAGGGUCUCGACUGCUGUUCCGACCACGCCGUGUCCUUCCAUUACGUGGAACCAGAACAAAUGUACGUAUUGGACUAUUUGAUAUAUCACUUACGACCUUACGGCAUCAGCUACGGUGGAGGCACUCUGCCUAAGAACGACACCCGACUUGAGGGA